UGAUCAGAGACUUAUUUAUAGCCAUCCGAAUCCUGACACGUGCAAUUGAAAGGGGAGAAUGUUUUUAAAGUCCAGGGCUUGUCUGAGACGACAGGAAUAUAGAAGAGACCCAAAUGAGAAGAAACGUGAUCAGCUUUGGGGGCAAGAGACAAGUUUUGAGAGAUCCCGGUUUUCUAGCAGGUCAUCUUCCAAACAGAGUUCUAGUGAAGAGGAUCCUCUAACUGAACCAAGGUCAUCUACCAAGAUAUCUACGUUUAAGUGUGACUCCAAACUUCCAGCAAUUGACCAAACAUCAGUCAAGCAGAAACAUAAAAGUACCAUGACUGCAAGGAAAGCAGACAAAGCGGACCCCAGCGACCCCUCUCCAGCAGAUGAAGCACCAAUGGUUUUAUUAAGGAAGAGGAAGCCAAACCUGAGGAGAUUUACAGUCAGCCCAGAAGUGCACAGCCCGAGAGCGUCUGAGGACAGAAGCAGACAGAAACCGCAGUGGCCCGCAAAGGUGCCAGCUCCCAGGAGAGCAGAUCAAGUAGUUCAACAAGGAGACCUGAUGUGUAACACUAAGCUGAAGAAGCCAACUCGAGAGAGAAGAAACUUGGUCCCAUCGUCACAGCCAGUGAUUGAGAACCCCCCUGAUAGACGCAAAAAAAGAGACCCGAGUGCUCCUUCCCAGAGUGAGCUGCAUCCAGCCCUGCCCCAGGCCUUCCAAGGAACAAAUAGUCCUCAAGUACUGAGUGAGUUCUUGGGGCCACCACUCACACCCACCACCGUAGGAGGGCCAAGAAGGGCAUCAUUUAGGUUCCGAGAUGAAGACUUUUAUUCCAUUUUGUCAUUGAACAGCGGAAGAGAAAGCGAUGACACUGAAGAGGAAAUCCAGGCUGAAGAAUGUCUGUGGGUGGGUAUGCAUUCACCCCGUUCUCCUUCCCAUCACAAAAGAAGUAGAUUUGGAAGGACAUCGACUCCUCAGGCCAAAAAUAAAAAUUUUGAAGAAAAUGCUGAAAAUUGCAGAGGUCAUUCUUCAAGAAGAAGUGAGCCCAGACAUGGCUCAUUGAGAAUAAGCAAUGCAAUGGAGCCAGCAACAGAAUGGCCUUCUGCUGGGCAAAAGUUGUCCCAAGACUCCAGGCUGCCUGAUAGGGAAUCUGCUAAAGAGAAAGACAGAGGUGGCAGUGAACAUGCGAAAAAGAGCCCCCUUUCAUGGGAUACCAAAUACAAGCCCAGACAAGAGGACGGUGUCAAUGCUGAAAAUGCAUGGAGUGACUGUAUUUCUGUGGAGCAUAGGCCUGGCACCCAUGAUUCUGAAGGAUACUGGCAAGACUAUUUAAGCAGUUCUCAAAAUUCUCUUGACUACUUUCUUUCUGGCAGACCAACAUCUCCAGGAUCAUCAGUGAAUUCAUCCUAUAACUCUGCUGUAUCAUUCAUGCAUUCUGCUCUGAGAGAUGAUAUUCCGGUAGACUUGUCAAUGUCAUCGACUUCAAUUCACAGCUCAGACUCAGAGGGAAACUCAAGGUUUCAUGUUCGCCGACCACUGUCUCCCAUUAGAAAUAGGAAUCCAUCUGCCAGUGCCGAAAACCACAAUUAUUUCCCAGUAAACAGUGCACACGAAUUUGCUGUCAGGGAAGCAGAAGAUACUACUUUAACAAGUCAACCUCAGGGGGCUCCAUUAUAUACAGAUCUCUUACUAAAUCCACAGGGCAGUUUGUCCUUAGUGGAUUCUUCCAACUCCUCUCCAUCAAGAAUAAACUCAGAAGGCUAUUUUCGUGUGUCUGAGUCCCUGCAAGAAAAUAUACCAUUUACUUUCUUUGCAGUGUCUGAUUUCCCAAAUCAAAAUGAGAAUGGGAACAGGAUGGCAGCCUUUGGUUUCACAGAUGAAAAGGAAACCAGUAAGAUAAAGGCAGACCCUGAGAAACUCAAGAAAUUGCAAGAAAGUCUCCUGGAGGAGGACUCCGAGGAGGAGGGAGACUUGUGUCGCAUCUGUCAGAUAGCCGGGGGUUCCCCAAGCAACCCCCUCCUGGAGCCUUGUGGCUGUGUGGGAAGCCUGCGGUUUGUUCAUCAAGAGUGCCUGAAAAAGUGGCUGAAAGUGAAAAUAACAUCAGGAGCAGAUCUUGGUGCCGUGAAGACCUGUGAGAUGUGUAAGCAAGGCCUGCUGGUUGACCUGGGUGACUUUAACAUGAUUGAGUUCUACCAGAAGCACCAGCAAUCUCAGGCACAAAACGAGCUGAUGAAUACAGGCUUGUACCUGGUGCUGCUGCUUCACCUCUAUGAGCAGAGGUUUGCAGAACUCAUGAGGCUCAAUCACAACCAGGUGGAAAGAGAGAGGUUGUCAAGAAAUUACCCACGACCCAGAACAGAGGAAAAUGAAAAUUCGGAGUUGGGAGAUGGAAAUGAAGGCAGCAUUUCUCAAAGCCGGGUCGUCUAGCAAGGAAGCCAACCAUGGAGCUCGGCAGAGCCCUCUCC